GCCGCCGCCGCCGCCUCACAAACCUCGGCCAAAAUGCAGAUCUUCGUGAAGACCCUCACGGGGAAGACCAUCACCCUCGAGGUUGAGAGCAGCGAUACCAUCGACAAUGUCAAGGCUAAGAUCCAGGACAAGGAGGGAAUCCCGCCGGACCAGCAGCGUCUGAUCUUCGCCGGUAAGCAGCUGGAGGAUGGCCGCACCCUUGCGGACUACAACAUCCAGAAGGAGUCCACCCUCCAUCUCGUCCUCAGGCUCCGUGGAGGCAUCAUCGAGCCAUCUCUGCAGGCGCUCGCCCGCAAGUACAACCAGGAGAAGAUGAUCUGUCGCAAGUGCUACGCUCGUCUGCACCCAAGGGCUGUCAACUGCCGCAAGAAGAAGUGUGGUCACAGCAACCAGCUGAGGCCCAAGAAGAAGAUCAAGAACUAGAGUGCCACUAGUCAGUUUCAUGGAGCGGCUAAAUCUAUUGCUGUCUCAGAUUUUAUGCUUUAUUAUCGUGUCUGGUUGUCGUUGAACCUUAAGUUACUUCUCUUUCAUGCCUCCUAUCUUUGUGGUGGUACUUGAUAACAAUGUUCGUAUAUGGUAGCAAACUAUAAUUUUGUGGAA